GCGCGGUGGCAAGGAUAAGGCGCUCCAGCAAGUGCUAUCGUAGGCAACAUCUGGGGCAUUUGGUGGGCAUUCGAAGAGAGUGCAAUGAACAAAAAAUCGAGCAUUUCAAAUCGAAUAAAGUCUUAAUUUUCUUUACCGUAGUGAUGAUAUUCUGAUCGAUAAUUUGUGGGGAAGUGUGCUAAAGGGUACUGAAUAAACAAUAACUUAGUAAUAUCAAAAUUUUUGUUAGCCAUUCUUCUUAGGCCCGUGCGCAUUUUCCCCAUGGAAGAUUUUUCAACAAAGGAUGCUGACUACAGUUACAUGACGUCAUAGCAGGGUACUGGUUCGGAAUGAAUACAAGCUGCAACAUCUUCUGAUUAGCGAUGAUAUCUUGUGUUGUUUGUUUUGGGUAAUUUGAACCAUAUCAAAUGCAUAGUCAUCGCUUAUCAUGGUAGACUGACAAUCAAAAUUCGCACAAAUUAUAUUACCAUUCCGUCAUGUUCCUUAAAUUUUUGGUGCCUCCAGUAUCCAAAGUGAUUCGUCACUUCAGUAUAUGCCAACUACCUCAGGAAUUACAAACCAUUCAGAAGACAUGUCGCAGUUUUGCCGAUCGCGAACUGAAGCCAGUAGCAUCAGAUUUGGACCGAACCGGACAGUUUCCCGGAGAUCAAAUAGCGAAACUAGCCGAUUUAGGAUUUAUGCGUAUUACAGUCACUCCAGAGUACGGAGGAUCCGGUCUGACUAUGCUUGCACUUUCAAUAAUCGUUGAAGAAUUGUCGAGGGGCUGUGGAAGUACAGGAUCAAUUGUUUCGAUACAUAACUGCCUGUAUGCGAAUCUACUGAAUCGAGUAGGAACAACAGAACAGAAAAAGUCAUUCUUCGGAAAGUAUUCGAGUAGUGAUAUAGGCGCGUUUGCGUUAAGUGAAUCGGAUGCUGGUUCGGAUGUAGCAGCGUUGAGUACCAGAGCCGUGGAGGACGGUGAUAGUUGGAUCUUGAAUGGAGAUAAAGCAUGGGUUACCUCUGCUGCGGAGGCAAAAUGUGCUGUCGUGUUUGCCACUGUGAAUCCCAGCUUAAAGUAUAAAGGAAUUGCCGCUUUCCUGCUAGAUUUCGAAAAUACGAAAGGGUUAACGAUUGGCCGUAAAGAGGAUAAACUAGGUAUACGAGCGACUUCUACAUGUAAUUUGCAUCUGGAAAAUGUUCGAAUCCCUAGAUCCAACCUCCUGGGAACGGUUAAUGGUGGAUUUCGAAUGGCUAUGGAACAACUUGAUCGUGCUCGGAUCGGAAUCGCUUCGCAGGCAUUGGGUAUAGCGCAAGGCGCACUGGAAACUGCCACUCAAUACGCUGCUCAAAGAAUUGCAUUCGGUAAACCAUUGCUGAAUCAGGCUUCCGUUCAAACUAGAAUAGCCGAGAUGGCUUUGAAAAUCGAAUGCACCCGACUUUUGGUUCGAAAAGCAGCCGUUGAAAUCGACCAAGGUCUGAGGGCCACUAGAUCCUGUGCGAUGGCAAAAUGGCAUGCAGGUGAAACGGCCACCUUUGCGGCACACAACUGCCAACAGAUCAUGGGUGGAAUGGGAUUCGUAAAGGACAUGCCGGCCGAACGAUUCUACCGUGAUGCAAGAAUAACGGAAAUCUACGGAGGGGUGACCGAUGUGCAGAAGACAAUCGUGGCUGAACACGUGAUCAAAGAGUUGGGUGUGAAGUAGGACGGGUUUCUGUUUUGUUUGAUACAUACAAUUACUGUUAUUGUGGUUUGGGAUGUGUUAUGAGGGUACUCAAUAAAAAUGUGCAAAUUUUUAAAA